AUGCAGCCAUGGUUGUCUGGAGUAUAUUCAAAGGUUGCUAAUAAUAGGUCAUCCAAGGAAUAUGCAAUGCUGCUGCCAAUGCGGCAGCAGCUUAUCAAACUGGACAGACCGGCUACCCAGUUGGUCACACUCCUACUGGCACCCAGCGUGCAGCAGGGUCAACUUAUGACACUGGGUACCAGACUGCAGCAGCAGCAGCAGCAGCAACCCACUCCACAGCAGCGGGUACCUACCCAAGUGGUGCCGCCUCAACCACUUAUGACUAUGGUUAUGGCCGAACCACACAGACAGCAGCUGCUGCAGCUGCUGCAGCCUAUGACUCUACCAAGACUUACUACGCACAACCAUCAACUGCAACCGCUUACACUGCUGCCGACACACAUUACCAAAACAAAGCUGCUUAUACAAAUACCAGUGCGUAUACAACUACUUCGCGGCAAACUACUCCAGUGGCUACCCCAAAGACAAGCUAUGCUGGAGCAUAUCCUGGAGCUGCUGCAGCUGCUGCCACAGCCACCUACAACACCUCUGCAUAUGCAGCACAAACUACUACCACCAAUAAAGGUGACUUAUAUGAUUUAGUAGGUAUGGCAUGUAUUAAAGCUUUUUUUUUUCCCCCCUCCUUGUAACUCCAUGGCUCUCCACACAUCUCACACAAGUGGUUGUUGGUCCUUUCUCUUGUUUGUUUUGCAGUGUUUAGAAACAUAUACAGCUACUUAAAU